AUGCAUCGGAACCAGAUGGAAAUGGAUGAAGCUUUGGCUAUGUCUCUGAUGUAUGAUGAUCCCACAAUUAACGAUGAAAUUACUGCAAGGCAGCUUCAACAAGAAGUGAACCCUUCGACCUCCCUUAACCGUGAUAGCUCUCCACAUCACCAGAGUCAUGUUGGUGACUCCAGUUCUCAGCCUCUUCCUUCUAAUGAUGAUAUUGAUCCUGAGAAUAUGACUUAUGAGGAGUUGAAUGAAUUAGGAGAAUCGAUCGGAGCGGUCAGCAAAGGAUUGUCGCAGAGUAGAAUCGAUCAAAUACCAACUCAUAAGCAUGGUGCGACUGCGAUCUCAUGGUUUAAAAAUAAAAUUUCUGGUUCCGGACAAAAUCAGUAA